AUGUCCUUCUCGUACUCUUUGAGCGCUUUGCUACCUAAACCAAAGCACUCGCAGAACGUGCUUGAGCCCUCGAGCGAAAUCCAGGAACUAAUUGCUCUAUCCAACGAUCCUAUAACCAUUGACAAUGAUGAGCAAGAAUCAGACACAUUUACCGAUCGAGCUGUGAAUUUUCAAGCAUUUUUACCCUUGAGACAAAAAUUCCCAGACCUUAAAAUACCACUACCUAGUGAGACGGAAGUUCGCGAUACUUAUGAGCAUACGAAAGCCUUUUUUGACACAAUUUUGAAAGAAAAACUGAAUCCGCAAGGCACCACAACGACGAAAGGCGUAAAAGGCACUGAUGGUACUAAGACAAUAGAAUAUAAAAGUGGGAAUGACAGCAGUGGCGAGAGGAAUCGUGUUUUGAAAAUUGUGGAUCGGAAGGUCGAUCCUUUGCAGCCCAAAAUGUUCAAAGUUAAGAAAGUGGUUAAACCGCUCAACGAAGAUGAACCUUUUGCUCCCAUUUUGCACAGAUCAGACGACAGAGCACCUCAGCUCAGUAAAGAAGAGCGAGAAAAGUGGGCGAUUCCGUCUGCUAUAUCAAACUGGAAAAAUCCUAAUGGUUACGCAAUUGCGCUGGAUAAAAGAGUGGCCGUCGAUGGUAAGUCAAACCGAGGAUCUGAUCUUCAUCAUCAAAUUAACGACGGGUUCACGGAACUUUCAGAGGCACUGGAUACUGCUGAAAAGGAUGCCAGGCGAGACGUAAAACUGAGAGCAGAAGCCAAAAGAAUGUUAGCGGAGCAGGACGCUCGUGACAAAGAAGAAAAGUUGAGACUUUUGGCUCUCAAAGCUCGUGAAGAAAGAGCAAAUGCUGCCAAGAGCCCUGCUGCUUCAAUUGGAAACGAAGACGACUCCGUAAGAAACCGGGAAGCUGAGAAGAAGAAACGUCGGUUGCAAUUAGAGAAAGACCUAAGACAGUCCAAAAUGAGUACAGCUGACCGUCUGAGGGCUUUGGCCGCUAAACAGAACCGUGAAAUAUCUGAAAAAGUGAUUAUCGGCGCAGCUAAGGCCUCCGAUACGUCUGGCGUCCAGUAUGAUUCUAGAUUUUUUUCCAAAGCAGCGAAUGCUAAUGCCGCAAGGAGCGCAAACCAAGUGUACGACAAUCCUUUAUUUGUUCAGACAGGCAUUAACACUAUGUAUCGUCCCAAUUUCUCUCAGCUGGCGGAUUCUCAACGGACAGAGGAUAUCACACAGUCUUUGGGUAAACAAGUGUUUGAUACUACCUCUGAAAAGAGAGGUCGCGAAGGACCUGUUGAGUUCACAGAGGCGCAAAUGGAUCAGGAGGAGCCCGCAGCUUCCGAAAUGGAACUCGAUGCCUCUAGAACGCAUCGAGCUACUUGA